AUGAGCCCUCCUAGUCCGGCUGAGCGAUAUCCACCUCGCUUCAGAUCUAACUCUCCUCCAUCCUCCUCUGAUUAUGCCAUGUCCGUACGGGAUCCAGCUCUUCGACGACCUCGUCCAGCUCAACUUUAUUAUUCACGCCCAUUGCGGACUGGUUAUUCCUCGUACUCUCCACAGCACUACUCUCGGAGUCCUUACUCUGAAGACAGUGUAUCCAGCAGUUAUCGACGGCACGGAUAUUCUAGAUAUCACGACUCGACUCCUCAAGAAAUUAGCGAAGACGACGGUGAGACGGUGCCGAAUUCAGUAAGGCAACGUCGCUUACCCCUGAUUGGCUCAAUACCACCCGUAAGCGGUAGUGAACUGCGAUCAGCUCCUUAUGCUCAGCCAUCAUAUCCAGCAGGUCAAUUUGCAUCACCGCCAUAUCGUCCACCAUCCGUUGUAUCGCCAGUGCGACCACAUCACCAGGACUACUACCCACCCAGAGAGAACUACUACGAUAUUCCAUCGCCCAGUCCGGCUGGCAAUGACGUAUAUCAUGGUCACGGAUACAAUCGUUCAUCACCGUCCAGAUAUCCUUCAGUGGUAUACGCCCACGACACCGGCCCACGGACCAGAAUUAUUCAAGCUCAGUCCGGUGCAAUACCGUUGAGUGACUCGGAUUCAGACGAUCAAGAGCGAUGGGCUGUUGUUUAA